AUAUAAACCAAGUCGACACACUCCGUUCUUCCCAACAGACUUUCUCAGCACUAUCGCUAAGCCUACUCACCUAAACACUCUCAUCAGCCGCUGCACACAGUCCCGGCAUCUUCAUCUUCAUCGUCGACAGCCUUCGCCAUGCAGCUCUCCCUUCUUGCUUUCUCCCUCGUGGCCGCGCUGCCGCUGGUCAGCGCGUACCCGGUCAAGGCCGACACGCUCAACUGCCGGUCCGGGCCCGGAACCAGCUACAAGGUGAUCAAGACGUACAAGAAGGGCGCCGACCUCAAGAUCACCUGCCAGGAGACCGGCGAAGUGGUCCAGGGCUCCUCGCUGUGGGACAAGACGUCGGACAACUGCUACGUCGCCGACUACUACGUCAAAACGGGCACCUCGGGCUAUGUUGCGCCCAAGUGCAGCAGCGGUGGCGGCAGCGGCGGCGGCGAGGGCACCCUGCCCGGCCUGAACAAGGUGCAGUCCUCGCACGCCCGGGCCAUCAUCGCCCAGGCCAAGAAGGAUGGCGUUGGCCGACACGGCUGCGAGGCGGGCAUUGCCACUGCUCUUGUCGAGACCAACAUCUACGUCUACGCCAACAAGAACGUGCCCAAGUCGCUCAACUACCCGCACGACAAGGUCGGCUCGGACCACGACAGCGUCGGCAUCUUCCAGCAGCGCGUCAUGUACUACCCGGACAUCGCCGCCGACAUGGACCCGGCCAAGUCGGCCGGCCAGUUCUUCAAGAAGAUGAAGGGCGUCAGCGGCUGGAAGACCAUGGCCGUCGGCAAGCUGUGCCAGAAGGUCCAGGUCUCGGCCUACCCGGACCGCUACGCCAAGCGCGUCGCCGAGGCCACCAAGAUCUGCUCUGCUGGGGGUCUUUAAGGAUUCCAAAGGGGGGUAUUUCGAGGGAUGGGAAUCUCUCACGCCACUUCACUUUAAAUUGUUUGUGGCUUCCUUUCGCUGUCUACUUUUUGGAUGUAUGUACAUACAAUCUCUUCUGCUGAGACUUUGCUUGCAUUUACGCUAGAAACAUGGAGUUUGUCAACCCUCUGGUUUGGAACAGAAACUGGCGG